GCCGAGGUUCAAACCUACUCUUUUCGCUAAAAAUUGGAUGUGUGGAUGAGCUUCAAAGGAAGGAGGAUUGGCCCUUGUCCUGAUCAACCGCACCAUGAAUCUUACAUGAGCUGAGCCAGAUUUCUACUUUGACGACUCCUUCACGCGCGUACUUUCUUUGCCAAGUCGUGCCCAUUUAUGCAGCAUGGAACAAAGCCUAACGCCCAUCCAAGCGUGCCGGGACGCACGGUGUGACGGGACAAGUUUGCACUUCGGAGCAUCGCCAUCUCUGAUACGCAAGCUGAUAGAGUUGUAAUUAAUGUAUAAUAACUUGUAGUAGUUGCUGGACCCCCCCUUGUGCACAGACCACAUGCUGAAGGGAGAAGAGUGGUACGGUGAUGCAAGAGUCUGAGACUGCCGGGAGCAUAUUCUUAGGUACUAGACCCUGACCCAUACCUUCACCACCACUCACAACCUCUGCUUCUGCCAAGCCUGUUAUCACACAUAGCACCACCGUCAUGAACCCGCUACCCUUCUUUCACUACCACCAUUCUAACGUAGUAUUGAGCAACGCUGUCGCCAGUAGGGAGAUUAUUGUCAUCCCUACUAGAACCUUCUUGCCUGCGCGCCAAUUCCUCCUCAGAGCAUCAGCCUCCGGCAACGAUCGCAGCGGUAUUGAGGUUGCUGUCGACCCUUUCGUCGAUGCCGUCAAUCGAUCCUACGUCGAUACCUGUCUGCGGGAGGCGGGUGAAGGAUUCCCCGAUCACCGGCACGUGAUAGGUAGCUUAUAUCGAGCUUCUGCUCACCUGCAACACAACAGAGAACCACCCAGUCUUGACAAUACCCCCUGUCCAUUCGCGACCACGAGGGAGAUUGUUGAGAUCGGUAGUUAUGUAGCCGGCCGGCCUUCUGCCUCAGGCAAGAUCUUGACUCCUUCACAAGUACUGUUGAAGGCUUCUUCUCAUCCUGUCUUCUCUGGACAGAAGCAGCCUGCGCCCCCAACCCAAGCAUUCACUAAACUACCCCUCCUAGCGAUGAGUGACAGCAUAGAUCUCGAAAAGCGUACCAAUAUAUCGGAAUGUGCUAAUGCACUUGGCAAGCAGGCAGCCUGCAGUAGCGUGUUUAGACAUCGCCGUAUUUCUGCAAACACAUGCGAGUGA